CACAUCUCACACCGCGGUCAAAUAACCUUCCUCAACUUGAUGAUAUCACCACUUUAUCUCGCAGACUCCGAAUUUGACACAUUAAUCUGCAAGCUAUCAUUAUAGCCUGAGACAUCAUCAACUUCACAACAAAAUGGGAUUCCAAAAUGUUUUUCAAAAGUACCGCAACGAACUCAUUGCCACAGUAGCAGCAACCCAAUCGAUCUUCAUGGUGAUCAUGUGCAGUUCGUGGUCCUCGCCAGCCCUACCGAAGCUCUUGGCAGCCGAUUCGCCCAUUCCUAUCACAGCCGACGAGGGAUCAUGGAUCGUGGCCUUCCAACCGGUGGGGGCCAUCUUCGGACCUAUCUUCUCCAGUGUGGCCAUGGAUCGCAUCGGCCGGAAGUGGACAUUGCUGAGCACGGCCAUUCCAGUGCUGAUCGGUUGGAUUCUAACUGGGAUGGGAAACUCAGUGGGAUAUCUGUACGUGGCGAGGUUUUUGUUCGGAUUCAGUUAUGGCGCUGCUUAUCCGGUAGUUCCCAUAUAUCUGGGUGAGAUGGCGUCAGACGCGGUUCGAGGAGCCUACGGAACGAUGAUAACGCUGAUGGCGAAGAAGGCGAUCUUGGUUAUGUACACCAUAGGACCAUAUUUGGAGUUUAGAGAGUUGGCGUGGGUGUCCAUGACCAGUGCUGCAGUAUUUGUGUUCAGUUUCAUGUGGAUGCCUGAAACACCAUAUUUCUUGAUUGGGAAGAACAAAAACGAACUUGCGGAGAAAAGUCUAGCCUGGUUCCGUCAAUCCUCGGACGUAUCCGCUGAGCUUGAGGUUAUGAGGAGCUCCGUAGAAAAAUCAAAUCAAGAAGACACAUCGUUUAAAGAACUUUUCAGUCCAGCAUACUACAACAACAUGCGCAUUGUUUUUGUGCUGAUAUUCAACAUGCAAUUCACCGGAAUAUUAGCAGUGCAUGGAUAUGCUCAGAUCAUUUUUGAAAAGAUAUCUACCAGCCUUACGCCAGAAGAAAUGUCGAUUGUACUUGGAGUUGUCCAAAUGAUUGCCGUGGUGUUUCCAGUUUUCCUUGUGGACCGAAUGGGUAGACGUCCACUCUUGCUAAUUUCUGCUACCGGAACUACCACGGGCUUACUGAUUUGUACCAUAUAUUUUGCUGCUGCUGGAGACAACUACCAGGGAAGCCUAGGAUGGAUUGCUUUCGUAUCGCUUCUAUUCUACAUUAUAUCCUACGGGGUGGGCUUGGCUACUGUUCCAUUUGCUAUUCUUACUGAAAUUUUCCCGAAGAAUAUUCGAUCAUACGCGGCUUCUGCUGUUACAGUAGUUAGUGCAAUCGUUAUUUUCGUAAUUGUAAAAUUAUUCCAAAUAUCUCUGGAAACAGUUGGUGCAUACCUUCCUUUUGGUGUAUUUGCCGUGUGUGGAGCAAUUGGUUUAGCUCUGAUCUAUAUAUACAUACCAGAAACUAAGGGCAGGUCUUUAGAAGAGGUGCAGAGGAUAGUUACUGGAUUGUCUACGAAGUUGUAAUGCGAAAUGUUUUAUAAUAAAACUAUUGAAAGCAAAAAUUAUGACUAAGAUUUUGAAGAAUUUUAUUGUACCAAAGUCGCGCUAAAGACUAGGGCAAGCAAGAGGCCUGCCUUGAGGGUCUCUGUCAGAGUGCCAAUGCCAAUCCGUAGGGUGAUGCCUACAG